GUUCUCGUUCUCCUGAUGGCUUUAAGCGCGAUAUAUAUCUCAUAAAUGGCCAAUUCCCUGGUCCUCUUAUUGAAGCUAAUAGAGAUGAUACCAUAGUUCUCAAUGUAAAAAAUGAAUUAGAUGAAGAUACUACUAUUCAUUCUCAUGGAAUCUUUCAACGUGGUACUCCUUGGUUUGAUGGUGUUCCUGGUCAAACUCAAUGUGGUAUUCCACCUCAUGAAACUUUCACUUAUAAAUAUAAA